UCCCGCCGUGCCCCGCGCGGCACAGACGCGGCCCCGGAAGGCGGCGGGAGCGGGCUUUGGUAGAAGCUCGUCUCUGAAAGACUGGAAAGCAAUCAAGAACAUAAUGACAAGUUUGGAUGAUAAAGUGCUUGGUGAGAAGCUCCAGUAUUACUACAGCAGCAGUGAGGCUGAGGAUGAAGACAGCGAAAAGGAAGAUAAAGAAGGGGAGAGCACCGUGCCUGAGAGCGCUGGGGAAGUGGAGCUCAGCAGCGACGGCAGUGCAGUCAACACAGGUCCCAAAGGAGUCAUUAAUGACUGGCGGAGGUUUAAGCAGCUGGAAACUGAGCAGCGGCAGGAGCAGCGCAGAGAGAUGGAGCGACUCAUUAAAAAGUUAUCCAUGACCUGUAGGUCCCACUUAGAUGAAGAGACUGAGAAGCAGAAGCAGAAGGAGCUUCAGGAAAAGAUCAAUGGAAAGAUGUCAUUACAGGAGUAUGACAUGAUUCACAACGAUGAAGAUGAUGAGGAAUUUUUACAGCGCUACAGGGAGCAGCGGAUGGAGGAGAUGAGGCAGCAGUUGUACAGUGGGCAGCAGUUUAAACAGGUUUUUGAGAUCACCAGUGGAGAAGCGUUUUUGGACACAGUUGAUAAAGAGCAUAAGAGCACACUGAUCAUGAUCCAUAUUUACGAAGAUGAUAUCCCUGGCACUGAGUCCCUGCAUGGCUGUAUGAUCUGCCUGGCUGCUGAGUAUCCAGCAGUGAAAUUCUGCAGAGUGAAGAGCUCCCUCAUCGGUGCCAGCACUCGCUUUACCAGCAAUGCUCUGCCAGCUUUGCUGGUCUAUAAGGCAGGGGAGCUCAUUGGCAACUUCGUGCGCAUCACUGACCAGCUGGGUGAAGACUUUUUUGCUGUAGACCUGGAGGCUUUUCUGCAGGAGUGUGGUUUGCUGCCAGAAAAAGACCUAGUGCUCCUCACUUCUAUACAUAACCCCUCUGUGUGUUACAGUGAAGACAGUGAUCUGGAAAUAGACUGAACCACUUACACCAAAGGCCAGUAGGUGUAGUUGUACCAUGUGCUAGGGAUUGUUCUCAUUCUUGCCUUAGUGUGGGUAUGUAUUCUUCUCCUUCAAGCACUUUGGCUUCUGCUUGUACAAAAUAGCCUGAGGAAUUCCUAACAUUUUCUUAACUUAAUUCAAUAAAGUACUCACUAAACA